AUGCCAAGAUCCGUAUCGCCACCAAUCUCUCCAAAGACCGUACGACAGCCCAAACGGUCACGGCAAUUAUCGCAAAGCGAGCUCGUCGUGGAGGAACUAGCUCAAGACGAUCUUGGGUACGACGCAGACGUGGAAGUACUACGACCUGAUCAGUAUGAGGAAGCAGAAUCGGACUUUGAGGAUGACACCCGGGCUGUCAAGUCGAUCACAGCGAUAGACGAAGAGAUCACGAGAGGCAUGCGGCAGCUCGGCUGGCGGCAGACGCAACCGACGGUGCCGACAGAGCCAGUCACAGAACACUUCUCAGACCUGGACUCAAGCCCAAUCAAUCAGUACGGAAAGCGCACUGAGUUCCACUUGACCACGCCUACGCGCACGGACGGUCGAGACAACUAUGCUCCUCCAGCUAAGAGAAGAAAGAGGAGAGAAUCACGACUCAAUCCUGCACAGCGUAUUCUCAAGUCAAGGCCACAGCCACUGACUGAUAGCUCGGAUCGGACCGACGAGAAGCGAGCACCAUUGGCAGAAUCCUCGUCGACAAGGUCGACUGUGGCAUCGGAUGAGCCCCGGAUGGCUAGCAAUGAUGAAAUGCUACUUGACUGA